AUGACUCGAGCGCGCGCGCGCGGCGUGGACGCGCGGCGCGCGCGCGACGGCGGCGACGGCGGCGCGCGCGGUCGAACGUGCGUGGUGCAGCGCGACACGCGCGCGGAGGACGGCGACGACGCGAACGAUGGGAUGCUCGCGCUCACGGCGCGCGUGCGCGAGCUGUGCGCGCGCGAUGCGUCGUGCGCGUACGUCGGCGACGGUGAUGGGUCGUCGAACGCGAGCGGGACGCGCGGUGGGGACGGGGGGGCGACGGCGUUGGACGCGUACCCGCCGUAUUGGGCGAAGGUGUUCGCGGCGAAACGCGCGCUGGAGGACGCGGCGUUGAAGUGCGCGAGGGUGAUUUGGGUGGAUUCGGACGCGACGUUUCACGAUUCGCGGUCGGUGUGUGCGGGUGCGCGGUGUGAGACGACGGUUCGGAGCGUUAGCGAGAUCGCGGAGGAGCUCUUCGACGGGAAGGAUUUCUUCUACUCGCGAGACCCGUCGAUGACGCCGCCGGACGAGUAUUGGGGCUCCGAGUUCAACGCUGGGUUCUGGGGAUGCGCGAAUACGACGAGAGGGCGGGAGAUUAUGACUGCUUGGACGAAGACGUACCCGGUCGAGGCGUGGUCCAGGGGUCAGGACGGUCACUGGACGUCGACUGGAAAUUUCGCCGGUUCGACGUACGAGCAGGGCGCCUUCGUGCACUCGGGUCUGCUAAAAAAGUAUAAAGCCGUGGGCGCGAUGAAUGAGGUAGACGCGUGCGCAAUCAACACGCCGUGCGAAUCGCUCAAAGAGGCGUCGAUUCGAGGCGCGCAGGCAUGCCAUUUCGCGGGCGUCUACAAGGAGACAUAUCUCCCAGGAUAUUACGCCGAUGCCAAGGAAGACCACAGCCCUUUUGGGACUCACGAGAGCUCCUACGAGGAUCUGAGUACGACCCUGAGCGCCGUGAGCGAGCCGUUCAUGUCAAAGUGCCAGUACGAUCUCUCCUCAACGGGCGCGGCGCGCACCGGGACGAGCGUCAGCGCCGAGCGUCAAGAUGCCGUCGACGCGGCGCGCGGCGCGCACAAUACCGAUGUCACCAUCAUCGCCGUCGCCGUCGCCUCCGUCGUCACCCUCAUCGGUUACGUCGCCGCUCGUCGUCGCCGCCGUCGAACGACUUCCGCCGAAGAUGAGACCGCUCCGCUCGUGUGA